GUGUGGAGAUGAAGCCGGCGGCUGUGGCUUUGCUUGAGGAGCGGGCGCGAGCGGCAGGGCUGACGAAUGUCACCGCCCGGCGAUGUAUGAUUGAGGAGUUCGCGGAACAGACCUUCGACGUGGCGCUGGCGCUGCAUGCGUGCGGUAACGCCACGGACGCCGCCAUGCAGCUGGCCGUGCGGCGCCGGGCGGCCUUCGUGGCAAGCUCAAGUUCUCGAUGGCUGGGGGCAGCUCUUUCAGCGCCCACGUGCACAGCUACACCCCCCGGCUGCCGGGGGAGAGGCGGACCGGGGGAAGCCGACUGCAGGUGCUGGCAGCAGGACCAGCAGCGACAGCAGCAGCAGCAGCAGCUGCUGCGGAGCGAGGUGGCGGUGUUGCUGAGGCAAGCGCGGCUUUGUGUGCUGAUGGCCAAGAUAUGCGGGGGGGAGAUGGCGGUCAACUUGGUGAUGAAGGCGGAGAUGGUGGCCGUGGGGGUGGGACGGAUGCAACCAGCGGUAGUGCAGGGCAGCGACGCGGCGGCGGCGGCGGCGGCGUCUUGCUGGGUGAGAUUCGGCACCCACGGUCUGGGUGGAUGCGGGAGCAUCUGCCGGAUCCAGAGACGCACUUUCGGAUCAUGGCCAAGCAAUGUGGUUAGGGCAGGCCGCCACAACUGGGCGUAUCGCGUAUCUACUCCAGAGCCCGCCAACGCCUCUGCCGACAAACCCGAUGUGCUGCUACUGCACGGCCUGGCCUCCAGCUCGUACAGCUACAGGAACACUCUGGGACUGCUAGGGGCUGACGGCUACCGCGCUUUUGCACCCGACUGGCUGGGGGCGGGUGACAGUGACAAGCCGGAUCCCGGCGCAUUUGGUUAUUCGGAGCAAGACUACAUCACGGGCCUCCGGGCUUUUGUGGACGCAGUGGGAAUUCGCAAGCCCUUUGCGCUGGUCGUACAGGGUUUCGUACUGGGGCAGUACGGCCUGUUGUACGCUCUCGAGCAUCCGGAUCAGAUCUCCCGCCUGCUCAUCCUCAACACGCCGCUGGCCCUGAAUGCCAAGUUGCGGCCCGAGCUGGCGCCGUACAAGUCACCGCUGCCUUUCAUGCGACCAGGCAAUAAAACGUUCGACUUUAUGACGUACAACAUGAGUGGUUCGCCGUACGCCAUGGCUGAGAAGGACGCCCUUACGUACGGCAGGCCGAGCAAGGACCCCGCCGCCACGGUGGCUGUUUCCAAAACCAUGGACCAGCUGGACUUCCCCAAGCUGCUCCGCAAGGUGGAUGAGGGGUACCUCAGCUGGCGCAAGCCCUCUCUGUGCCUGUUCGGCCCCUCGGACCCCUUUGUGGACGUGAGCACCGUGUUCGAGUUCCUGGAGUCCAAGCGCACCAGCAUGAAGUGCCUCACGCUGGCGGCCAAGCUGGGACACAUGCCGCAGGAGGACUACCCCGAGGCCCUCCACGAACCCAUGGUCAAGUGGCUGAAGGGGGACACGGAUGCCGACAUCAAACAGGGAGCGCUCAAAAUGACCAAGUACGGCAUUAUAGAGAGCAAGAGCUGACGGAACACGGGGAGGACAGCCCGUACAGCGCCGUACGGACUUGCUGAUCGUGCACGCACGCGCGUGUGUCUACCCACGCUGCUGCUGCUGCUGGUGAAGAUAGACGGACAGGUUGUUGCCCAGGUUGGGGGAGAGGGAGGCAGGGGGCAGGUGGAGGCAGCGGAUCGCGGGUACGCGGGGUUCGGUGACAAGCAUAGUACGGCACACAUGACGUCUACAAAUACGCGCUAAGGCAUUCGUGUGUGUAUGUGUGUAUGUAUUGUUUAUGUAUUGUGAGACCUGCGGGUGGUGCAGCCGGUGGCGUCAGUAGCGGGUUACCCGUGGAGUGGAGUGGAGCUGGGGUUUAGGGUGUCAGGUACACCCCCCCGGAUACAGCAGCGGACACACAGGCCUCUCUGACGGGGUACGCUGUAGCAGUAGCUAAGUAUGACAGGUGUAGCUUCAUAUGACCUAAUGUACGGCGACUGCCGAUAGGGGGAGCGACCCAGGGUUUGCAGUAACCGUACAGAUUGCCAGCCUUAAUGAGGGGGAGGCGGCGGCCUGCCUUGGCUGGCAAUGGUCACACCGCUUGCUGGUUCUUGAUUUUCCUUAUGUACUUGCGACACCGGAAGCGAGGAGCCCUUCGUGCCGCCGCCGGUUGCUAGGUUUCACUUUGCUGAUAGACCGGCGACAUGUGUGUGAACCGGCGGCCAUGUUCCUCCCCUGCACUGAACUCGGCCGCCGGUUCAUGAGCCUCUCCGCCGUACGUGUGAAGAGUGUCGAGGUACGCGUUAAGACGGGUCGUCCGCGAUGGCUUGCUGCUAAGGGGGAGUUGGCUUCCUGUGGCUUUAGUCACUCAAGUACUCCCGAGCGGGGUAGGGUCUGCUGCUAUUUCUGCAGGGCUUCAAAUUUAUUUCCAAAACUAGGGUAGUCAGGUUCUUCAAAGCCAAAAGGGGCUCGGCCCCGGUGCAGCCAGUCACCCGCCAGUAUUCCACAGGGCGCCUGUACGGCACUGAGCUGCAAGUGGAGGAACGGUGUCGUGUUUGGACUAUACAUACGCUCAGAGUUAUGGAUAGCUGCGAGGGCCGGGUGCGGCGUUUGGAGCGAUGCAUGAAUUUGGUGUAUAUACACUUGCUGCUAAGGCGCCAAUGCAAAUCCAUCGACACAGUGCACUGCGCGCCGCCCCCAUGUCAUCAAGAACGGCUGCUGAGCAUGUCCAUAGCCUCCUGGUAGUGCGCGAACCCAGCUCAUUGCCAGUCGAGUUGGAGAACAGGACCUCCGGAUGCGCAGGAGGGACAUGUAUGAGAUGUGCGUGAGGCGGAGCAGAAGGCAAGGAGGGAAGUGCUGGAGCAGUUGGCAUGGGUGGGCUGGAGUUGCGGAGUGUGUCGGAGCUGAGCCAUAAACAGCUAUCCCACGGAAGCGAGUGAGAAAACCGCU